AUGUUCAGGCUGGCGGGGUUCCUUGAGCGGCGUCUGAUCGAGUCGUACUCGCCGGCCGAAAUAGGCCGCACGCUGCGUCAGCUGGCCGAGCUGCAGCCGGGCCGCGCCCUCUGGCGCUGUAGUGUGAUCAUGUCGCUGCCGGCCGGCUUCGGACGCGACUACUUCUACAUCAUCAUGGCCAAGGCCAGGGAGCUGCUGCAGCUGAAGCGGUUCGACGGCUCGCGGAACCUGCUGCAGGCCAUCCUGGAGGAAGCGCAGUCGGGCGCCGGUCCGCAGGGCCAGACGGCCGCCAAGCUGGCCCGCCUGAUCGGCUGGGAGCAGCUGCUGGCCGACCUGCUUCAGCUCCUUCACAACUGGCCCAAGCUGGGAGCGACGUCAUCCCGCGCUCCGAGCUCAUGGAGCACUGCACGCUCUACCCUGCUGAACGUCUGCGAGUGGGACCACCUGAGCGAGCUGGAGCGCCGCUGGUCGCAGGUGGACCUGGCCGCGCUGCUCGCCACCGUCUGCCGCGAGCUCGUCAACAAGGGCAACAACCGCAAGAUGUCGCGCGACCUCUGGAACGCAGUGAUCCCGAUGUUCCUGCUGACCGGUCAGCAGAAGCGCUCGGCAGUGGGCGGCAGCUCAGCCGUGCAGCGCGACUCGCCGCACGGCAUCAUGUCGCGCACGCAGCUCACCCAGUUCAUACAGAAGGUGCACGAGCACACGAGCCUGAGUGUGCUGACGUCACUGCUGACGCGCCUGCACAACAUCCUGCUGGACGACUCAACGCGCGAGAUGAGUCUGGAGCACGCCGUGCUGUGGCCCACCGUCGUCAAUGACCCGAACCUGUUCUCCAUCAAGAAUGUGUCCGAGUGUCUGCAGACGCUGCUGACCCAGGGGAUCAGGCUCUACCCCUGCCAUAUACCCUGGCUGCAGGCCAUGGCCGACCUCCGAUACGCGGGUAACGAGCCCACCUCAUCGCUGCGGUAUUACCUGGAGGCGUGCCUGGUGAGCUCCGAGUAUUUCACGCGGCCCGUGCCCCGCACCGUGCUGAGUGAGGCCGUGCUGCGGCGCAUGAUCAAGUGCUGCUCCACGCUGCACUGCUACAGCGCAGGUGAGACUCGCGGGUCGUGCUGCGGCGCAUGA